AUUGGGCCACAUUGACGCGCGUCACAUGAAAAUAAACAUGUCUGACUUCAGUGUUUGAGGGUCUACAUAACGAAGAAAUCAGUACAAUUUAUCGUAUUUUGAAGCUUAUAGAAUGGUUGUCGGAAACAUCCUCUUACGCCUGAGAGGGUCUCUGGAGUUCAAGUGCCAGUUGGACAGCACAGAUGUACCACACGUACAAAAGGUCAUCUCGAGGACUUUCGAGGCCCUCGGAUCCCAGGUGAAAUCAGAAUCGCUUGUUCUCAGUCUCUGUAGCAGUCCAGUUUUUCUUUGGCCUAACAAAGGAGGACAUGCAACACCUGAAGAUUUAACUCCGAACAGACCAUGUAAAGAUCUCCAACAGUUGAUCCAGACAGAUGACCAGGAAAGCAGUAGCAAAAGCUGCAAAAAGGACAAAAAGAAUGCCACAGCAGGUAUCAUAAACCUGACCCUGAUGACCGAGGUGACAGAGCAAGGCGUCCUCUCGGCCCCCACCAUCCUGAGAGGAAGUAAGAAGCACCACUUCCUGCAAACAACUCUGCCCAUGGACUGCGUGGUCAGUGUCCCCUCCAGUGAGAGCAUCUCUGUUGUCUGUGGCACCCUAGUGGGGGCGCUGUGCAGACAGCUGGGUGACAUGGAGAAGGUUGCUCUGCGGCACAUGAAAGGGACGGCCCUGCUGAUUCCCCAGCCGUUCCACUUCCUCCUCCCGGCCCCUGUGGGUCUGGUGACAGUGGUCUACCCAGCGGGUGUGCCCGACAGCCAGCUGGAGACACAACGCAAGGAGCUGCACAGUCUGUUUGAGCUGCCAGACAACCGGCCAUAUCUGAGAAGAGCCAACGCUCUACAUUUUCCUGAUGAGCCCUACAAAGAUGGCUACCUCCGAAACCCUCAUGUCCACCUGAAUCACCCCACCCUGGAGAACGGCAAGCCUUACUUGGUCCAGGGGAUCUACAGCUACCACCACUACAUGCAGGACCGCGUGGACGACAACGGCUGGGGCUGCGCCUACCGCUCCCUCCAGACCAUCUGCUCCUGGUUCCAGCAGCAGGGCUACGUGGAGCGGGCUGUGCCCUCCCACAAGGAGAUCCAACAGGCCCUGGUGGAAGUUGGGGACAAGCAGGGUCUUUUUUUGGGCUCUCGCCAGUGGAUCGGCUCCAUCGAAGUCGCGGCUGUACUGGAUCAGUUGCUGGGGGUCACCUCCAAGAUCAUGUUUGUGAGCCAAGGGUCUGAGCUGGCCUCCAAAGGCAGAGAACUGGCCAACCACUUCCUUUCUGAGGGCACUCCUAUUAUGAUUGGAGGGGGUGUCCUAGCACACACUAUCCUCGGUGUGGCGUGGAGCGAGACCACGGGCCAGAUCCGCUACCUCAUCCUGGACCCACAUUACACCGGGGCCGAGGACCUGCAAGUCAUCACAGACAAGGGCUGGUGCGGAUGGAAGGGUCCAGAGUUUUGGGACCAGAACGCCUACUACAACCUCUGUUUGCCUCAGAGACCAAAGACCAUAUGAGUGGAUAGGUGUCAAUGUGUAUUGUGUACAGGCACCUGUCCAACAGUAUUACAACAAAUCUCUGAAAAUAAAUGACAAAAUAUCUGAGGUGAA